AUGACGGUGGAUUUCUUUAGCGCAAUGUUUGUUUCAGUAUGCAUCUCCUCAUCGGGGUCGCUUUAUCUCUCGUUUUUGUUUAUCGCAGUAGAUGUGGGCCAAACAAUGCUGGAAUUUCGUGAAGUACGAACCAAUGCUCAGACGGUUCUAGAUCUCAUUGAGAAUCGAUAUGGAUCCACGGCUUCUGUUCAUUAUGAUAACGAGAAUUCAGCUAGCGACUCGGAUACGACGAAGCUACUACCGAAAAUUCUAGCUAUUACUCGGAAUCCUGUUGCUUUUUCGGUGACUUCGCUCAAGCGCAUUCGGUUGUGUGCGUGUCUGCCGCAUCCUAUUACUAAAGAACAAACAGAAAAAAUUAAGAUUUUAGAGGCGUCGGAAGGAGAAGAAGGAGCCGACGACAGCACCAAGGAGCCCGCCGAUUACUAA